AUGGGUAUUUGUGCAGGGAAGUCUUAACAAAAAGAAAAUCUAGUGACCGACAUAGAAUCGAUACCUAUCCAAACUUAAGGGACUUUGGAGUUUAAUGUGAAAAUAUCAGGUAUCAAAGUGAAGAUGGAUAAUCUGGUAUUUUUAAUCUAGUGAUUAUAGUAUUAUAGCCAGCUGGCAAAAUAUCAAUGAAAAUAGGUGAAUUUGGUUAAUUUGAGACAGAAUGCUCGAAAGAACUUUACGGGAAAUUAUAUGUAAAUUAAACAAUUCAUGCUCUAAUCUAGUUUAAACAGACACAUGCAUUUUAGAUGUCUAUAACUGAGGAGCAAUUAAAGAAGCAAUAUCUGAACGUUGCCUUGCUGACUCCAAAUAAUGAGAAUAUUGCUUCCAUAUCAAUUAAUUUGUAUUUGAUAGCUACAGGACCACAACACAUGGAUUACGAAUACACUGGCUUAAUUAAUAAGAAACAAUAAUAAGGUAAAAUCAGUUUUGACUUUAAAAUCGCUCAAAUCAUAAAAGUUAGCAUUGUGCCUUAGUUGAUGGAAUUUAAUAUGAAUGAACCGUUAAUACAUUCAGAGUAUUAUUAUUCACUCAAAAUGGUCACUUCAGUCUUGUGUUUUCAAAGCGAAUACUCAGAUGCAUUCUUGAAUCCUGCCUAUCAAAAGAAUUAGCAAUCCACUAACAAUAGUGCGUAAGCCAAAAAGUAAGUUAUCAAACAAAUUGUGUACAAACAAUCCGGAGUUGAAAUGACAGUCGAAGUGCCCCUCAUAGAAAUAUCAUCCUCCAGCAUCUAAGUUUGCUUGUGGUAUAACGAAUAGGCAAAUCUAGCCAUUAAUCCUACAUCAGGAAUGAGCAAACCUCAUUAUUCCCUUAUAGCAGAGACCUAUUUCAAUUUGAAUCAAAUCUUUACUUAGGCCUUAAACAGCGAACAAGUAUGUAUUUCUUGAUAUCUCAAUAGAUUAGUGAGAAUAACGUAAAAGUUUACAAGAUUUUGUAUCAACAAACAAAUAGGAGACUAUGGAAUCACGGAGUCCUCGAAGGCAAUUUGAAUUGCAAUCUUUAAGUUAUCAUUCCUGCCUAUUUAAAUUAACAAAUUGUCGGUGUGAGAACAGACAAGGGUAUACAAUAGGGAAGCAGUGUUGUAAAUUCAGGGAAGAUGCCAGUCAAAGAGAUCCAAUAAUUAAGUCAGGCAGGACAGCAAUUAUUGGAUGUCCAAUACAAGAUACAAAAUUGUUCAUCCAAAGAUGUAAUAUUCUCAUCUAUAAUUAAGUUAUUCUUGAAAUCAGAAUUGAAGAAUUCUCAAGCUCUCUAUCUUAGAACCAUCUAAAACAUAUUAAAAUAGACUGACAAAUAGUCAAUCAUUUGUUUUGAGUACAAAUCUCAAUAGGAUCUAUUUAAUGCUCAGAAAUUGUUAAUAGAAGUAGCCUUAAAAUUGUUAGAAUCCGCAGACCAAUAAGAAGAGUCCAUUCGAGAGGAGUAUUACGUCCUACUUAAGUUAAUUUUGAAUAGGGGAGAAUUAAGUUUAAAUCAAGUAGGAUUUUCAGAGGAAACAGAAAAAACUAGUGAGAAACUGCUUAAGUUCAAAACUGAGAUAGGUCUCAAUUAUUAAUCAUUUUUAUAUAAGUCUCUUGGUAUUGUAUUGUAAAAAUUGAAACAAAAAUCUUUGGCUGACAAUGAAAGGGCAUUUGUUGAACACUUCUUUGCCAGUGCCUAUUUUAAAAUCCCAGAAUUUAGAACCAAAAUAAUUGAGAGUGUGCAAAGAGUUGAUGAUCCAUAAUUACCAGAAUGGAGAUCACUCACCAAACAAACUGAUGAAAUUACCAACAAGGAGUUCAAUGACUUAUUUGAUUGGAAUAGGCACUUUUAUGAAUAUCUUACUAAACAACCCAAAUAUAAUGCCAACAUCAAUAAAUUGAUGGAAAUUAUCAAUCAGGAAGAAUGGCAGAAGAGAAUUGGUAAAAGAGGCAUUGCAUUCUUCUUUUUCCUUAAGGAGUGGUGUGAUUUAAUCGACAUAUCAGUUGUUGUCAAAUAGAAUGUCCCAUAUCAACAAUUACCAGGAUAUAAUGUUUUGAUUAAAGCCAUCCUUUUGGAGAUGAAGGCUAAAGAACUUAAGAAUUACCCAGAUAUAAUGAAGGCUGCCAUGUGUUCACUCUUAAAUAACACAAGUUUGCUGAACAUCGUUAUAGUUAUUCUCUUUAACAAAACAAAUCUCUUUGAUUCUGAAGCUCUAUUGAAUUGCUUAGAAAUCCUCAAUUCUUGUUUAUAGUAUCUCUGUAACCAUAAAUUAUCAAUGCCAACCUCUUUGGAUUAGUAGUUCUUUUUGAAGGGAAUUAGAAUGAUCCUAUUAUAAUGCGAACAUGCUUUCAGCGUUUCAAAAUGUCUUUGGCUGAUAUAUAACAACUAUGUCUUAUUUCCAUGUAUAGUUAUAAUCUAUAAUUAAUAGUGGACAUAAGGAAAGACAUCACAGACUUGCUGUUUGAGAAUGUGGCCACUAAGUUUUUUAUGCACUGGUCUUUCAACAUCAGAAUGAUUUUCCAUCACAUUCUCCUCUACAGAGUACAACAUCUUCAUAAAUCUAAUAAGAAUUUGAAUGAGGAGUAUGACUUUAUAACUUAUCGUAUAGGGAUUUGAUACAAAAAUAUUAGCAAUAAGUGAAGCCAAAAAAGCAGCAUAGUUUUUUCGAUUAAAAGAAUUCAUCUAAGGCCAUCAUUGUAAUUAUUGGUAUCACCUUAUAUAGUCUGAUGUCAUUUACAUGAAGUUUUUUCGAUUUAUGUAAUAAAUAGAAGAGGGCAAACAAUUGUCGGCCAGUCAUCAAUUAAAUUAAAUGAUCGAGGAAACUCAUUAUCACAAACAAAUGAAAACCAAAUUAAUUAAAAAGAGGAUUUAAGAUAAAAAAAAAGGGUCGUCUGACUAAAAUAGUAGCAGUGAUGCUUAAUCAUAUAGAAUCAUUGAUGAGGACGAAUAAGAUGUCGCCCUCCCAUUAUUUACAGGCACUAGUAACGAGUUGAAACCUCAAAUGAAAUUACCAGAGAAAAGAGUUGCAGUAACCCAGAAUCAAUUAAAAUAUUUGAUCACAGCUUGUACUGAAUUUGAAGAGUUGAAGUACAAAUAUUAAAAAUGGAAAUAAUCAGUCAUACCUGUCAAUUUCAAUUCGUUGUCAGAGGAUGGUAAAUUAAUUCAUUUAAUCAUUAGAGAAAAUGAAUUUAAAUGAAACUUUUAAAGUCCCAGAAGUUAAAUUAGCUGUUCCCUUAGACGAAAAAGAAGGAAACAUCAAAAAUACUGAUGAAUGGUGA